GUGCGUUUCUGAAGUCCUACGAUUUGAAGUUUUAAUGUACAGAUUACCAAGCACUUCCGUAUCAUCACCGUUUUCAGGAAUCACAGCAGCUUUUGAUUUCUCUUACAGUGUUGACCAAAUUCUUGGGAAAGGACAAAUCACAUCAGAUAAAAGAAGUAGAGAAAAGAAUCCUGCAGAGAAUGAGACAACUGAUGACCUCAGUAUGUUAGGGCGUGUAGUCAAGGUGGAGAAACAGGUACAAUCCAUUGAGUCAAAGCUGGACUGUCUGUUAGAUAUUUAUCAACAAGUUUUGCGAAAAGGAUCUGCAUCCGCGCUCACUUUGGCUUCCUUUCAAAUGCCAGCUUUCGAGUGUGAGCAGACUUCUGAUUACCAGAGUCCCUCAGACAGCAAAGAUUUGUCUAAUUCUGCACAAAUUAGUGGAUGCGUAUCCAGAUCAGCUAGUGCCAAUCUGCCUCGUGGCCUACAGCUUGUACUGACACCAAAUGAAUUUAGCACUCAGGCUUACUAUGCUUUUAGUCCAGCUAUGCAUAGUCAAGCAACGCAAGUGCCAAACGAUGGACCUGCAACACUUACCAAUACAUCACACCAAAUAAACCAGGCAACUAAGCCAGCAACUCCAACAACAUUACAAAUACCACCUUUCUCAUCAAUGAAGCAUAUCAAUAGGCCUGAGCCCGUUCAUAUUAUUCCUGUAACCACACAGGAAAAUAUUUCUGAUGUCACCGCUUGCCUUGUUGCAUCAAAGGAUAAUGGACAAGUUGCACAGCCCAGUGCAACAAAGGAUCUCACAUGGAGAAAAAGUCUGGAUACAGAAGGGGAACAUUUGCUCUCAGUUAAACCUGUGGUGCAAAUGGAUUUAGGAAAAUCUUUAUCUGUACAAAACCUUAUACAAUCAACAGAAGAACUCAAUGUACAGAUUGCUGGCAGUGACUCCAGUGGUUCCAGAGGUAGCCAAGAUGUAUACUCCAAAUGGAGGGAGUCAAAAUUAUUUAUAACUGAUGAAGAGUUGGAGACAGAGGCAGGAACAGAGACUACUGAAGCCAUCUCGUGCCCGUUAGUGGAAACAACUCUCUCUGCUGACUCUCUAAGGACUGGAAUAUCAAGAUCAUCUCAAAGUAUUUGCAAGCCAGGGGACGGUACAGAAGCACUCAAUCUUUUCCAUGUCAAACUUAAAUAACAGCUUGUGGGCUUUCUUCAUUGGCUGGGUCAUUCCUCUAGUCAUACAUAUCAUCGCAUGAACUGU